AUGCCGGACUAUACCUAUGAUACAAUAAUCGACUCUUAUCGACAGGAACUCCUCGAGUGGUUGAACAACAUACCCUUUUUUACACCCGAUGGUAAGCUACAGGAAGGCUACUCUCUGUAUGAUACCCCAGAGUUCUUCCGCAUACAAUACAGCAAGGCUCUGCGCAUGCUUCUACAACACCGAAUCACCCACUUUACCUCCGAGACGAACUCUCCCAAGGAUAAAGAAUACCUAGCAUUAAGUGCUAGAGCCGCUGGAGACAUUUGCCAAUACUAUAGAACGUUACACCAAAGAAGGCCUUUGGGGUGGAACUUCCUCGCUCUGCAUUCCAUCUUCACAGCAGGUCUAACAUUGCUAUACUGUAUCUGGGCAGAGAGGGAGCAUGCAGACUUAGCUCGAUUCGAAGACAUUCGCUCAUGUUCUAACGUUCUCUUUGCGAUAUCCGAAAGAUGGCCGACAGCCACGAAGUUCCGCGACAUAUUUGAGGUCCUGGCGAAACGAAUGGUAGAUCUAGUGUCUCUGUCAUCCGUCCCUCACAGUGGCUUGGACGACGCACCUUUUCUACCGGAUGUUAGGAUUUCGCCUGCUGGGGCCCUGCAAGAAUCGACAGGGUUUCCGGCAAUGAAUCAAGACGACUUCUGGGCCAUGCUUGAUGAGCUGGUGGAUGACGACUAUAUCCGCAGUCAAUUUCAAUUGAACGGUGUAGAGAGCUCAUGGGGCCUUUUCGACAGCUAA